ACCAUAGGUGGUAAGCUCAUCAGCGUAGUCAGGUAGAUAAGUAUGAACACUCAUGUCUGUCUGAAAGUAUUUCCACACGGUCACGCUCAGUAACAAACAAGGACGGUCGCCUAUAUUUUUGAGCAGUAUACAGCAAGUCCACUAUAAAAGCCACUGUCAGUCUCUGUCCGAUCGUGUCCGCCACAGCCCCCCGGGACGUUGAAGUCGCCAUGUUUGUUGUCCCAGUCGCCUUUUUCCUGACAUUUGCACUCGCCGCUGGCGACCCGAACAGCUGCCAGGGCAGGUGUUUCGCCAAACUGAACAUCUCCCAGCCCUGCCAAUGCAACACCUACUGUGAACGCUAUGAGGACUGCUGUUCGGACUUCUUCAACCUUUGCCGAGGCCUAGAAAACUGCCACCCGAUAUCGGCUGCUGCUCUGGCCCAGGCGGCUCAGGAUAUCUACGACGCUGACAAAAACCGAGUUGACGGGUCCAAAUACAGGAUCAACUACCAAUUGCGAUAUACUGCUGGGGUGGACAGUCCAAAUAAAUUUUUUGAGAGUUUUGACGAAACCGUUUUACAGGGCCCCACAUUCAGGGCCCUCUCAGACCUGGAAGACAAUUAUGAGGAAAAUGUUCUUGUACCCGAGACCUACACUGAUGGCGAAUGGGCAGAGGUCCAAACGUUCAUUAACAAUUUGAUUGAGUCGGACCCCAUGAAGACUGUACUAUCGUUUCUCUCUCAGCGGGGAUGCAUCACAAACAGUGAUGAAGCAAUGAAGACCCUUAUUGAGGAGUUGUGGUUUAACUUAUACCCCCGUACGAACGCCUCCAACGCUGUGAACGACAGCUCUGGUUUUGAGCACGUUUUCCUGGGAGAACUUAGAAACCACACAGUCCUGGGGCUCAACAACUGGCUGGAGUAUUACAAAGAAGAGAAGAGUGGCAAUAUUAACUAUCUCGGCUGGAUAGACCACAUGGUGGAUCCAAACAUCGUGUCUAUCAGUUUUGCGUGGAAGGGGGCCGUAGCUCCGAUUCGCUCGUUUUUCGUGGGGACGAGCCCGGAGUUCGACAUGGCGGUGGCCACUCUGUGUGCUGUAGCACGAACCGACCAAGUGUGUCCUUUGACCAUCAACGGCAAGUCCUUCACCUACCAGACAUACGACGUUCGGCACAAGCUGCAGCUGCAGAUCGCCGCUGCCUAUCCCAUAGUUCCCCCUCACUCGGCGGAAAUCGUGGGAUGACAUCACUGGUCGUCUGCCUGUGGAGACCACGUGCAGUGCUGCUAGCUGUUAAGGGUUACUUUAAAAAGAAAAGAAAUCGUUUGUAGUCGUUGUAUUUGAGAGUCGCGUUAAUAUUUGUUUUUACUGUUCGAGAA